GGCGUCUUUGUGCAGUGUGCGCUUUCCUUCUUUAUCUGUGUUCACUGCCAAAGCAAAGUCAAAAAAAGUUCAAAAGCAAAAAACAUAUGUUCUUCCUAACCAUUAAUUCUAAAACAAUAAAUAAAUUGAUCCUUUUUUCUCGAUCUCCUUGUGCGAGAGGGGUUUCAAAUUCUUUAGAUUUAAUCUGAUCAAAAAUUUGUGGGGUUUGAGAUUCGAGUCUCUUAGGUGUAUUUUUUUAGAUUUGUUUUAGGGUUGACAGCAUGGAGAUAGAGGUAGCUGGCUCUAGCAGCGAAUCUUUCCAAGCUGGGGAGACGAUGAGAAAAGCUGUGGAAGAGAAAGAUCAGGUUCGUGUUACGAGGAAGACGUUGCAAGCUGUGCUGGAACAGUGUCAAAGAGCUAUCGAAUUGAUUAGUAACAGCGAAGGGGGAAUCGACGAUGACGACGGUGAAGCUGAAGAUAAAGAUGACGUGGAUCCUCAAGGGGAAGUCAGCAGCGUUGAUCUUCAAAAAGAUCAAGAAGUCAAUGAGUUGUGCGAUCUUCUGAAAUCCAGAGUUCAAUGCUCUGAUUUUCUAGAAAAGCUGGCAUGUGCUCAGGUGCCAGUUCCAGAAAACAUUUCAGAAGAAAGUAGUUCUUGGGACAUGGUCAAUGAAAAUGAUCUCUGGGAAGAUAAAGAUAUUGAUUUGGAUCGAGAAGAUUAUGUUCUUGUUAGGCAGGAGGAUAUAGUAGAAGGAAUUGCAUGUUUUAUGGCUGCAUAUUUGCUAUCCCUUAAACAGACUAAGGAUUUGACCCCUAAUCAACUUCAGGAAGCACUGAGCAAGACCUUCUUAGUAAAGAAGAAAAAGGGGAAGCUUCGAAAAGCUUGGGACGGAAGCAAAGUCAUUUAUAAUGUGGCAUCCUGGGGAGCUACUGCAAUUGGGAUAUACCAAAACCCUCUACUUCUAAGAGCUGCAUCGAAGGCCUUCUGGGUUUCUUGUAAUAUCAUGUCAAAGCUUCUCUGAUUUCCUUGCACCACAUGGAGACCAAAGGUCGGUGUUUAUCAGGUUCGGUAA